UUGUAUGGGGAGAAAAAGAGGAAGGUGCUUUUGUGAAACGCUUAAUGCGUGUGAAUGUAACUCAGACAGCGGAUUUCUGUUUCUUCUGUGUCUUUAACCCGGACUCGCUCAUUUGUGCUCCCUAAACAAAGUGUGGUUCCUGAAGACAUCCGUUAAAGCGACGGCAGAGCAGAGAAAAAGGGAUAAUAAAGGGAGAGAGAGAGAGGCGCGUUUACGGGGUCCUCAGCCAUUUUGAUUGCACGCUAAAGGAACUGUUUAUUUUUCUCUUUUGAAACUGGUCGCGUUUUUAAUAAUUGCACCGGAUAAGUGAGGAAGAAAUGGAGCCGCUGUUGGAGAUCUGAGCGGAUUCUUUAAUUCCAGAGAGACAUAAAACCCGCGCACACACACGGACUUGCCAUUUAAAAGGCGAACCGGACGCGCAACCAGACAACGGACGAUGGAGCGCUACCUGUCGGGCAUCUACCUGCUUCUGGCGCUCUUGACUCUGCGGCGAUCGAGCGGUGCCACGGCCAAGGAGCUGAGCUGUCAGGAGAUCACCGUGCCACUGUGCAAGGGCAUCGGCUACAACUACACCUACAUGCCGAACCAGUUCAACCACGACACGCAGGACGAGGCGGGCCUGGAGGUGCACCAGUUCUGGCCACUGGUGGAGAUUCAAUGCUCGGCAGACCUUCGCUUUUUCCUGUGCAGCAUGUACACACCCAUCUGUCUGGAGGACUACAAGAAGCCGCUGCCGCCGUGCCGCAGCGUGUGCGAGCGCGCCCGGGCCGGCUGCGCGCCUCUCAUGCGCCAGUACGGCUUCCCGUGGCCCGACCGCAUGCGCUGCGAGCUGCUGCCCGUGCAAGGCAACCCGGACACGUUGUGCAUGGACUAUAACCGGACGGACACCACUACCGCCGCGCCAGUGCUUCCGAAACCCACAGGUUACCCGGUCAGGGUGCAUGGAGGCGCCCGUGGCCCUAGCGGCGGACAUGCUAAGCGCAAACCGGUGCCGCAGCCGUGCGAGGCCGGGUGUCAGUGUCGUGCGCCGAUGGUGCGUGUGAGCAGCGAGCGGCACCCGCUGUACAACCGCGUGAAAACUGGAAGAACGCCGAACUGCGCUAUGCCCUGCCAUAACCCGUUCUUUACCCCAGACGAGCGGGCGUUUACAGCCUUCUGGAUCGGCUUGUGGUCUGUGCUGUGCUUUGUGAGUACUUUUGCCACAGUGGCCACAUUCCUGAUUGACAUGGAGCGGUUUAAGUACCCAGAGCGACCCAUCAUCUUCCUCUCUGCAUGUUACAUGUUUGUCUCUGUGGGUUACAUCGUUCGUUUGAUCGCAGGACACGAGCGGGUCGCCUGCAGCAGAGAGCAUGACGUCGAGCACGUCCACUACGAGACCACGGGUCCGGCGCUGUGCACUGUUGUCUUCCUGCUGAUCUACUUCUUCGGCAUGGCCAGCUCCAUAUGGUGGGUGAUCCUGUCCCUCACGUGGUUCCUGGCAGCGGGUAUGAAGUGGGGCAACGAGGCCAUCGCAAGCUAUUCACAGUACUUUCACCUGGCUGCAUGGCUGAUCCCAAGCAUGAAAUCUAUAGCUGUGCUGGCGCUGAGCUCAGUCGACGGUGACCCUGUCGCGGGCAUCUGCUACGUAGGCAACCAGAACCUGGACAACCUGCGGGGCUUCGUGCUGGCACCAUUGCUCAUCUACCUGUGCAUCGGAGCCAUGUUUCUGCUUGCGGGGUUUGUGUCAUUAUUUCGCAUUCGCAGUGUCAUCAAGCAGGGUGGCACAAAAACAGACAAGCUCGAAAAACUCAUGAUUCGGAUUGGUGUGUUUACUGUGCUUUACACGGUGCCUGCGGCUGUCAUUGUGGCCUGCUACUUUUAUGAACAGCACAACCGGCAGCGUUGGGAGGCAGCACACAACUGCGCCUGCUCUCUGGACCGUGAGCGUGAUGCAGAGAGGCCUGACUAUGCUGUUUUUAUGCUCAAGUACUUUAUGUGUCUGGCUGUGGGCAUCACAUCAGGAGUGUGGGUCUGGUCAGGAAAGACUGUUGAGUCUUGGCGGGCACUGUGCGUGCGAUGCUGCCGCUGCCGCUGGGCGGGCAAGGGUGCGAGCAGCUCGGCAUACAGCGACGUUAGCGCAGGACUGACGUGGCGCUCAGGCACAGCCAGUUCGGUCUCCUGCGCCAAGCAAAUGCCUUUGUCCCGGGUCUAGAGGAGAUAAGUGCAUCAGUUCCUGCUUUUUUCACAUUUCCAUACAAAUGGACUGCUGAGGAGUUUCUGUUAAGCGGAAAGACUGGCUGAAACAAUCGAACCCAUCAUCACCCCUCGUGUGUGGUUUACUUUCCUUCCAUUUCUAUUCAUAUGGACAUGACAUGCAAUCAGUGAUGCUUAGAGAGAAUUAGGCAUUGCAUUGUUCCAAGUGGUGCUGAACAUUUUCCCCAAGUCCUUUAGCAUUUAAAGUUUUCUGUUUUGUUUUUUGUUUUUUUAGUUUAAAGAAUGUCUAAACAAUCAAAAAUAUCAAAGAUGCUCUCUCAGAUAAGCCUUAAAAAGUCUUAAAGUUUUAGUGCUCAAAUAUUUCUACGGGUUGUUUUUUAUUGUAAUGUAUUUAUACAGUUCUGUACAACUUGUAUAUUUUGUAUAAAAAAAGAUUUAUAAGAUUACUGUAAAUUUGUAAAUAGUGUAGAUGUCAUUUGAAGAAGACAAAUAUUACUUUUAUUUUGACAAUAAAAUAUUUUGGAGAAAUCUUUAAUCAGACAUUUCUCUCACUUCCAUUUCUCCUGUAACUAGACAGAACUCCAGAUUUCUUUUUUCUUCUUCUUUAUUUUAAUGGUCACUGUAUUGAACAUGCUUGCUAUAGAGGUGUUUCUUUGUGCACGUCUUGUAAAGAGAAGCUCUUUCUUGGCUAUCAGGGUCGUAAUUAGAGGCGAGCAGCUCGAGUUGGAGAAGCUCCAUCAUUGUUGUGUUCGCCACUUAAUUUAAUAAAAGAGGGCCGAGUGAAUGGGGUUUAAAUGCAGAGAAAAGGGCUCUUUUCAUCCAGAGGGGCACUUUGAUCUUACUUUAAAGUCUCGGAUAAAGGUGACAUGUACAUAGAACCUUUUUUCUGUACUUACUGAUGCACCAAGUUGUCUAACGUCUAAUCUAAGACCCUUAUGCUUUUGAUCGACGGUAUUGAAAUGUUGGCACUCGGGGGCCCAGUGUUUUUUUUUUAAGACGUUGUAACUGUUUGAAUUUUCCAGCGUGCUGUCGAAACGUCUCAUUUGAGCUUAAGCUGCAUUAUUAAUCACAUAGGUUGUGUUCACAGUGAAUGGAGGCCCUACAGGUGGUCCCUUUACCUAAUCUAACAUCGAAGCGGUUUUUAUUGUGCAGCUCUGACAGCGCUGUAUUAACACUCAGAGAAAGAGCUUCCCAAUAAAACAUUGGGGUAACAAUGCAAAGUAAAACAGUUAUCUUCUAGCUUUUGUCAAACAAAAACACACUCACACAGCUUUUUUUUUUCUCAGUUAUUUAGCGAGUUCGUGUUCCCAAUCCUUUUUUUUUUCUCAUCUUAUUGCUUGCUUUUGAUUCACAUAAUCAGAUAAUUAACAAACCCUUCAUAAGCCUGAAAAGAGUUUAUUCAAGUAAAGAAAAGCAUUCAGAAGCAGGAUUGGAAAACACCCAGCUAGGCCAUUAGGUGAUUACAGUCAUUACCUUGUGUUUUUUUUUUUUAUUUUCAUUUAAAAAAAAAAAAAAAAAAGCUUGUAAUCUGCUUCAGCACUGAAACAAUGAUGUUAAAUGAUUUCAUGCCCAUCACUCUGCCUUAACCUCAGAACUGUCACACAAUCACAAGCUACACAUUAAGAUGAUAAUUCCAGCUUUCCUGUGCUCUUAACUCAAGCAUGUCACCGUUUCACCACAUGUUCACACUCAUUUGGCAUUUUAACCAGCCAGAGAUUUUAUCUGCACAUUCAAAGAAACACAAAACAUAUGUUACUCACAAAUAUUUCAUUAAAUCGGUAACAUAAAAUAAUAAACAUUAAAUUAAUGAAACGUUUUACAUACUUUCCACAUUUCUGUGUAUUAUGUGUUGUUUUAUAUCACAAGUUAAUUAUACUUCAUGCCUACAGUUGUCCAGAUGUGUGUUUUUGUUUUGUUUUUUACUUUGUAAUAGUGUGUGGACUUAAAGCGCCACCUAGUGGUUAGCGUUAUAAAUAACAACAUACAUUUCAAAUAAAGCUUCAUAAAUGGUUCUCGGUCAGGAUGUAUGGUUCUGUGAAGAACCUUUAACAUCCACAAAACGCUUCCAUUGUACAAAAUGUGCAUUUUAGUGGAAAAAGGGUCUUUAUACUUAAAAGGUUUAAUAUAAAAUGUUCUUAAUAGCACUAAGAAAAAAGCUGUUCUUUGAAGACCAGUUUUGUAGGAACCAACAAUAGUUCUUCAAUGGCACUGCUGCAGAAACAUCUGUUUGUUUCGUCAUGACAUCAUUAUUAUUAAGAGUGCAGUGAAAAGAAAGAAAGAAAGAAAGAAAGAAAGAAAGAAAGAAAGAAAGAAAGAAAGAAAGAAAGAAAGAAAGAAAGAUUAUAAGACAGUUGGUCUUUACUGUGUGUAGCCACCUUUGGAGGUUUAACAUUUUAAAGUGUUUUUUGUUUCUUUGUUUUUAUCAGAAAGAAUUUGUACUCAUUUAUUAAUAAUUCUUACAGUUUGACAAAAUAUUACUGUUAUUAUACCAAUUAUAUUUAUAAUUACA